GAGGACCAGAACGUUCCCCAAAGAACGAAAGUUGUCGUCAUCGGUGCAGGCUGGGGUGGCCUAUCCACCGCACAUGCCUUAUCCAAGGACGAUCGCUACGACGUUACCGUCGUCGAAGCCGCUCCCAAGGUCGGUGGCGUCGUGCGGGAUGGCUACACCACCAUUUCGGGCCAGCGCCCGGCCGAAGCUGGACAGCACGGCUUCUGGAACAAUUACCAUAAUAUCUAUUCUUUGUUUGACGAACUAGGCAUACGCGACACCGCCCUGACCGACUACGCCCCGCAGGGGCAGUACUCCCCCCGCGGCCUCGAAGCCGUCUGGCCCGUAUACCGGGAACAGUUCCCGGCCUUACCGACUGGACUAGCGCAAGCGGCGUACACAAAGUUUCUACAACUCAGUCCUCUGGAACGUGCCACGGCCUUACCCCUCGUCCUCGCGUUUUCCGAAUUCGACAAUUCUCCACAAGCCUGGCAACGGUACGACAACGUUUCGUUUCGGGAUUUGUGUAUGCGUUUGGGCGUUUCGAAAAAAAUGUACAACGAAGCUUUUGAACCCAUGAUUUUGACGGGCUUGUUCGCCCCGGGGUCCGAAUGCAGUGCGGCAGCCGCCCUGGGGAUGGCCUACUUCUUUGUACUGCAGUCGCAGAACGCUUUUGACGUGCAAUGGUGCCGCGGGAACAUUGGGGACCAAGUAUUUACGCCUUGGGUAGAAGUUAUGCAAGGUCGAGGGGUACAUUUGCGAACAGAAACGCGAGUUUCAGGCUUUACACUGAACGAAUCGCAAACCAAAAUUGUGGGUGUCCAAUGUCAAACAGCCAAUGGGGGCAGUGUUGAGUUGGCAGCAGAUGCGGUUGUUUUCGGUGUCGGCGCCGAGGCACUUCAAGCAUUUGCCAAGUUUUGCCCCGAGCUGUCACAAUUUGACGAGUUCCGUCGCUUCGCCAACUUGCGCGGAACCAGUGUCUUGGCAACCCGGGUCUUUCUCGACCGAAAUGUUACCGUUCCUUACUCCGCCAACGCCUGUUGGGGAUUUGAUGAGAACGUGGGCAUGACCAUGUUCGAUAUUCGAGCGUUGCACGGCAGCGACAAUCCCACCGUGAUGGGAGCACCCGGAUCUGUGUUGGAGGUAGACUAUUACCACGCGUCCCCGCUUUUAGUUAUGGACGACUCUGCCAUUGUGGAAAAAGUCAAGAAGGACGUGGAUACCCUUCUCGGUCCGACCGCCAAGCAAGCGACUGUCGUUGACGCCGCCGUAGUACGUCUCCCGAACGGUGUCAACUGGUACUAUCCUGGUUCCUACCGCGAUAUGCCCCAGUUGACGAGCCAAUCCUUGCGUGACUGUUACUUUGCCGGUGACAUAGUCCGUACCCAGCAUGGGUCCUGGUCCCAAGAAAAGGCCUACGUGACUGGUCUGCAAGUAGCGAAUCUCUUGCGUCGUGAUAUCACUGGCGGCAACACAAACAACCCUCUCACUAAAAUCCUUCCAGUGGCUUCGGAUGAACCGCACGUUGCGCUAGGCAAG